CGGAAAGAGAGAGAGGAGGGAGAGAGAGGAGAGAGAGAGAGAGGAGAGAGAAGAGAGAGGAGAGCGCGCUGCUAAUACUAGAUACAGAAAACAGCAGCGAGCAUCGAGUCUGGAGAGCAACUGAUGCGACAAGAUGCUGAGCGUCGCCUUGCUGUGCUUGUGCGCCGUCGCCUUUGGACACGUCUCGGCUCGUUCAGACAACGGCAAUUUUUUGGAUGAUAAAUGGCUGACGGAGAGAUGGGACAAAUUCAGAGACGAGCCAAGAGCAUGGAAUCCUCCAAAACCAUUUGACCAAGCUCUUGAUCCAGCCAAAGAUCCCUGUCUGAAGAUCAAGUGCAGUCGCCACAAAGUGUGUGUGGCUGAGGAUUACAAAACGGCCACUUGUGUGAGCCAGAGGAGAAUUAGUUUCAAGGAUCCCAGCUUGUACCAGAGCCCAGGGUCAAAGUGCACGCCCUGUCCAGUGGUGCACCCCUCUCCCGUCUGUGGAACCGACGGACACACAUACUCCACCAAGUGUAAACUGGAGUACCAAGCCUGCAUCACAGGAAAGAAGAUUGCCGUCAAGUGUCCUGGCAUGUGCCCCUGCCCAUCUCAGCCCAAACCAACGCCAACAGAGAAAAGAGUUUGCAGUGAGACUGACCUGAAGGAGGUGGUGAAUCGUCUGAGGGACUGGUUCAGAGUGCUACACGAGAAUGGCAACCACAAGGCGGUCAAGAAGCCAGAGAAGAACAAGUUUGAAGUGGGCGCGUCACCCAUCUGUAAGGACCCUCUUGGCUGGAUGUUCUCCCGCCUCGACACAAACUUCGACAUGCAGCUCGACCAGUCAGAGAUCAAGAGUCUGUACAUGGACAGGAACGAACCGUGCUCUGAUGCCUUCUUCAAAUCCUGCGACACACACAUGGACAAAGUCAUAACCAGCUCAGAGUGGUGCACGUGCUUCCAGAGAUACACAGACUCCCCGUGUAAAGCAGAACUGUCCAGCAUCAACAAAAAGCAGUCGGGAAAGAAGCUGCUCGGUCAGUACUUGCCGUCCUGCGAUGAGGAGGGCUACUACAGUUCCCACCAGUGCCACAGCAGCAGCGGGCAGUGCUGGUGUGUGGAUCGUUAUGGCAAUGAGGUGGCCGGAUCACGUACCCGCGGACCUGCCGACUGCGGCGUGAUUUUGGAGUCGUCUGGAGACCUGGGCAGCGGAGACCCCCCGGUGGACGCAGAUGACGACGACGAAGUCGACGACGAGGACGAUGACUACCUGCCCCCGCUUGACCCGGUCAUCGACGACGAGUACAACGACGAAGACGAGGACGACGACGACGCUGGCGACGAAUACCAGUCGUAAUCUUUUGGCCCAAAAGCAAACGAGACCCCUUAACUGCUCAAACUGCACGCACCAUGGUGACCCGCCAGGAACAAAACCUAAUCGUACUAACAGCCAAUAGACUUCUCUCUAUAUUGUUUGUUGAAAAAAAAAAAAAAAAAGAAAAGAAAUAUUGCUGGCGAUUGAUAAUUUCUGAUCUUAUCUCAAUAUGACUAGGCACUUUUGUUGUUUAUUUGUGUGUAUAUGAUGGACUCUCAAAGACCAGCCAAUCCAGAGCCUUGGAUUCGGUCACAUGGGCAAAGCUCUCCCCUGAUUGGACAGCCCUUGUCUUCUUCUUUAUGUCCUUGUGCAGAGGUAUGUUGACGCCCCAAGGCACGCUGUUUUAAAAGACCCCCCCUCCCUUUCUCGCCAGUGUUCCUGUGUAUUAUAGGUGGGAUGUCCCAGAUGUAGAUAAGGAAUUAUUGCACUCUUGAAGUUUUCUUUUGAUCUAUAAUUUGUAACUUGUGUCUGUAACUCUAUGGAACAAGCAGAUAAUGUUAGGAUUUAUUAGGGGAACUAAGGCAGUGUAGCAAUCAGAACAGACAUGCAAGCUGCUUUUAGUGAAAAACAAAUCAAACUGAAUAAUCUCUAAAGGCUCUGGCAGCAAAGAAAGACAAAUUACUGUUUUAGAGAAGAAAAGAAAAAAACAUGGCGGAGCAAAAUCGAUCUAUUUUUCUAAUCUACUGAAUAUGAAAGAUGAAACAGAUUUGUCAAAGCAUGUCUUAAUACCGUGUAAUAUUUCUUUCUGUAGAGCCUAAAAAAACCUUUAUGGAACUCAAUAUAUUGUAGCUUGAGACGAAAAACAGAAUCUCGCCUCAAAACACGUGAGAUCAAAACGUUUGCUGACCAGUGCGUCGGCGAUCCGUAUCUCAUUGUUCUUAUGGUGUUGAUGUUUUUCAGUUUUCUAUUUUAGAGUCUUAACGUGUAUCUGAACAUGCAGUGUAAGAGAUGCAAAAAAAUAAUUAUGUUGCACAUGUCAUAGACCCAUGUACGCGCGACCAUACAGACCUGAUGGAAAUGCUUGUGGGGGACGAGGGGUGAGAGGUGUGCCUUUUCGAUGAUGCCGGGGAUAGUAAUGAAAAAGCUUGUAAACAGACUCAUUAUUACAGUAGAUUAUAUUGGCUUUUUAUUGUGGAUACUAGAUCGAUACUGGUUUUAAUACAGUUUUGUUGUCCCACUUACACCAGUUAGACAUAACAUUAUGACUACUGAACUUUGGUGGGAUUUACAGACGGGAUGCAGGUUGGUAAAGUUAAAUUGUACUCAAGAAAGUUACAAAUAAUGAAAUAAUACUACACAAGUUGAAGUACAAAGUAGUGAUGUAUUACUCAAGAAAGAGUAUUUGCGUAAACUAGUAAGAAAAAUUGGACAUAACAGUUGAUAAAAGACUUUCGGAAAUGCAAUUUAAGUAUAAAAACAUUAAAUAUUGAACAAAAUCUUGUAUUUUCAAAUGAUAUAUCACAAAAAUGAGUAAAUUAUAUAAUAUUGUCAACAUAAAGUUUUUACCUAAAUAGGAGAACUGUUACACUAUCAAAUAUUACUUGUUACUUUAGUAGAAGUAUGGUGCCUAAAAACUACCAGAAAAAAUAUGUAAAUGCCAGAGGCGGCACUACCAUUAGGCAAAAGUAGGCGGCUGUCUAGGGCCCUCAAACCUGGAGGGGCCCCCAACCAAUUGAUUUGAGUGCCACUAAUGCCUGAGGUUUCCAGUCCACCAUAAUUCACAUAAAUAAAGAUGUGCAUGUCUCAAGAACAACGGGGAAAAACAGACAAUAAAUAUAUUAAAAACAAAACAAAAAAACUGUAUUAUAGUGAGGGCCCCAAACUCAAGUUCCCCUCGGGCCCCCAAAUUGUUAACACUGCCAGUGGUAAAUAUAAUACCCACUUCUGGAUCUCUGGAUGCCAAAAAAUAAAGAAAAUAAUUUGAUUAGAUUUAGAGUAAUUUUAAAGAGGUUUAAAAAUCAGCAGAUAAGAGAUAGAGAUGAGAGAUGGUCGCCCACAUGGCAUUUUAACAAUUUAAGUACAACAAACAUGCAUAAUAAAUCAUGAUUUCUGGAAAAAAAUAUUUGGUUUCUUGGAGGUCAGAGGUACUACAGAUACGUGGUGAAUUAUUAUGAAAUUUGAAAAUUUUUAAGUGAAGAAAUUGGAAUUGGGGCAGAAAAUGUAGGCGUCGUGUCAUGGACUCAUUAGGCACCAACUUCAGUACAAAAAUAAAAACUUUUUGAUAAUUUCUGCGUAUCCAGACCAAGAAAUGAAAAUGAGUUUAGCAUGGACCAGCGUGCAAAAAUAGGUGGUCACAAUGUUAUCUCUACAAGGUGUACAGUUACAUAAUACAGAUCACUUUAAUAUCGGGAUGCUACAUGUGGGACAAAAGCACAGACAGACACAGUUAAGACGUAGAACAGUGGAUUAUAUUGGAUUUUAUAUCACACAUUGGCUAAGAUCCGUGAGCUUUGGUUUCUACAGCUUGAUAGAAAAGAGCUGCUUAUGUUACAAUGACAUUUGCUUUGAUUUGAUUUGUACAUGCUGUAAUGACUUUUAGUGUAAUUCAAUGUAAAACGGGCUGAUCGCCGGACUGCACAUACAGAUCCGGAGACAGCCUCUAUACUAAUACAUUCACUUAACAUUUUCAGAGAUUCCAUGUUGAGAAGUGCCAUCUAAAUGUCCUGUAGAUCUAGUGUCUUUCUUUUAAAGGCGCACUGUGUAACUUUUCUGGUAGGUGUUCCGCCACAAACUUGUUUCCAUGGAGAUAUUAUCGUUUUUGCCCAAAAGGUUUUACAGUAUGGCCUUAAACGAAUCUACUGUAUGUUGCUUUUGUCCAGUUAUGGGUGUUUUAUUGCUCAAAAAUACUGUCAGAGUUCCCACGGUCAUGGAAAUCCUGGAAAAGUCAUGGAAAUAUGUAAAUUCAAUGACAUUUUUGGAAUUUUAGUGUCUCUUUCACUCAGUUACAGCAUUCUGUUAAGUUAUCAUUAGGGUAUUAUGAUAAAUUUGUAAACAUAUGCGCCUUUUUUUUUUUAAAAGAGAUGACAAUAAAUGCAUUGACAGUAUUUUGAAUGUUAAAAAAUCUAUAAUGCCAAACCUUAAGGUGAGUGGAAAGGGUUAACAUUUCAUAUUUAGCCCUAAAAGUUUGCUAAAUUUAUGAAGGGUGCCAUAAAGUCAUGGAAAAUUCACUUUAGGUCACAAAAAAUCAUGGAUAAGUUUUGAAAUUUUGUCAGUGAAAAGCGUGCGAACACUGUGUUGCGAAAAACUUGCAUUCCUACAGUGUGUGAGCUUACCUCUCCACAGAUCUGACCUUUCAUUUGGACUGGAGGAAUUGGUGGCUUGUCUCCACGGUCAGAUAAGUUUAAUGCUAUACUGUGGGACAUUCUAGUCAAUGCAGUAAGAUUUCCACGAAGCCAAGCACCAGAAAGUUACACAGUGCGCCUUCAACUUGGAAUUUCGCCGCACUUGAAGCUCCGCCUCCAGGUUCAGUUCAAGUCUCGUAUUUUUGUUGAUUUAUUUUAUUUUCCUGUGUGUAAUAACAAACGGUUUGAAAAUGACCUCAGACACUGUAGCCACUCCAAUCACACACUCUGUCAUCACUUUGGAUAGCGUUAGGUUACGCUACAGAUUACAUUUUUUACAGUGUACGUAUGAUUUGCUGAAAUAAAAGCUAUAUUGACAAAUGAAAA